AUGGAUGACGCCUACAGUAGAUCAGUCUCUGAGGUGAGCUGCGUCCGCCACGCCGUCGGUGCUCGCCAAUGCAGUGUCGGCGGCGUCGGAGGGUCGUGCCUCCGGGCCCUGGCUCCCGAUCCAUCUGCGGCGUGCCGUUUCACGACGAGGCGCUGUUGGUUUGACUUAGUGUGAUUUGGUCCUGCGUGCUUUGUUUCGUCAGGUGCUGGAAGCUUUCGGAGUGGAUCAGGGGAAAGGGCUGACAGACGCCCAGGUACAGAUGUAAUUCACGCAUGGUUAGGCCGGUGUGGAGGCUCCUGACAAAUGUUACGUCACUUACUAUCUUGCAGGUUGCUGAAAAUGCUCGGAUUUAUGGCAGGAACGGUAUGGUUGCUACUGCCUGACGUGUGACUAUAGAUUUUUUGUGGACAUGUAAAUUAUUUUGAGUCGUACUGAAAUUCUGUUUCAGUUACUCCAAUGAACAUGGGAAUCCGGUUUAGCUUAGGAUGCAACUCUAACUAGAAAGUACAUCAAGGUAGUCCACUGCUAAUAACCAAUCCCUCAAAUGCGACACCCACAAUGUCUUCUUCUUCAGUGUGAGCAGUCUUCCUUGAUAUGCUGCACUGCAGGGAGCUUCUUAUGGAAAUAUGACUUUAAAGGCGGAGAUCCAAGCCUAGGAAGGACACUACCAGUACCAACUUGUCAAACAUUUUGUAUGAAAUUGUCAUCAGAGUGAUGCACAGUGUAAUGAAGGAUGCCGCGAAAUUCCAUAUUUUGAUGCUAAAAGGAACCGUACAUUAUGUGCAAAGAAGUUUUCCACAUGACAAAAAUUCUAGCUUUUCAUCAUUUCCAACCUGUUAAUAGUUGUAUUUCAGCGGAGGCUCUGAAUUGAUUGAGCCACCAAAGCUGCCAAAUGAAAACUAUUGAAAGACAUUCUCUGAAAAAAUUUGGUUUUGGGGUUGACUGUGGUGGUGGAGAGUUCGUAGAAGUAAUCAUGAAAGAAGAGAUAUCAUGCAGUUAUUUAUGUUCAGACGUAGAUCAUGUUGUGUAACAAGUAAAAGAAGAUAUUAAAGAGGAAUUGGCACACAAAUUUAGAGUGUAUUUCUUUAUGAAGGCCAUAGAAAACCUAAUAAUAUGUGGUGCUCUAAAAGGAAUGCAUUUUAAAUGUUAAGGGUACAAAAAAAAUGAUAUAAAGCAACAAUCUAGUUCAAAUAGAGUGCAAAUUAGGAUGGCUUUUCCUUUCUUACUGAUAAAAUCCUCGGUGGAAUUUUGAAGGCAAUUCCAAUUCUUUUGAUAUUCGGAGUACCUGUAGUAGUUUGUCAUGAUACAAAACAGAUUAAUUAUACUUUAUGAUGAAUGAAUCAUUUGAGAUGUUAAGACUGUCCAACAGCCUAUCUCCACGUCCUUUUCACAACUUUUAUCCAUUGACUGGAAUAGUAGUCCUUUGUCUAAAUGAUCACUGAUGUGGAAACUGAUUAUCUCGUUCUUUUUUCUUUUUUUUUCUGAAUGUUGGUGUCUCCAUUGCAGUUCUGCCUCAAGAAGGAAGUAAGUUCAAUUUUUUUUCUUCUAAUCAGAUUACUUUAUAGCAUCUAGUUAUGUUAUGCUUCUGAUCUUUCACCUCUAAGUUAAGUUGGUUUGGAAAUAUCCCUGUUCUUGUAUAUAGUUUGUUCUGUUGUAUUUUUUCUUAAUGAGUUGAAUGAACUUCUUCCCUUUAAUAUUUUCUUGGGUUAUUUGUGAUUUGUUAAAACGUUCUUGAUGUCUAACCUCCUAUUAGUGGACUCCUGUAGAUAAGAUAAAUGGGACAUAUGUUUUCAUCAGAUUGAAGUCAACAAAAUUUUGGGAUUCUCCCUGAAAUUAUCCUCCUGUUUGUAUUUCUGACAUAUACUUGUAGAACCCUUGUGAUCACGCUCGACCAUGAAUAUGCAUAAGUGAAAAAGGGGGGCUACUUGCUCUCCCUGUGAUGAGAAGGCUAGCAAAGGCCCAAGAAAGAAAGAAAGAAAGAAAAAAGGGAAGGUUUCUACAAGCAUACAGAUGAGGCUGAUGUGACAUAUAGAUCCGCCAGCUUUCUAUCAUAUCACAGUAGUGCUGACGAACCCUUAAAACAAUAAGUUGUAGGGAAAAAGUUACAAACUGUGGUGGAGAUUUUUUUUUUUGAGAAACUGUUAUUGCUUGUGCUGUACUGCAUUAACCACUGCACUAGCUUUAUUAAAUAAUAUCAUGAUUGACGGCUUGGGCUUAGCCUUAGUAAUAUUUUUUAGAUAUGAAAAGAAGAAUUCAGUGCACUUCACGCUGUUGUCUUUUCAAAUGUGUAGAAAGAAAAAUAAAGUGUGGCAACAGUACAGGAACAGUGAUUGGAGGAAGGGAACUGUAAUUUGGUAAGAUAAAGCGCUCAGAAUGAGACAAAUUUUAUGGAAUAUACUGCAUUCCAAUGAGAACAUCACCUGACAUCAAUUGCCUUGGACUUGGGAACUGAUUAAAGAAUUAUAAAAAUGCUGUUGACUGUGCACAAUCCAUUGUUGUGGAGAACUGGAUAAACUGUAAAUAGAAAACAAGGGAGGAAAUCAUGUAAGUAGAAACCUCUCAGACUUUAUCAUUUACAAAGGAAAUGUUAUUUUUAGAUAAUUUCACUGAUACAUAGCACUCAUUUUCAUAAGUUACAUAUUGAAUAAUGCUACAUAUUGAAUAAUUUCAUUGUAUGCUUGGAGCAAUGUUACAUGUUUAAUAAUUUCAUUGUACGAUCGGAGUAAUGGUACAUAUUGAAUAGUACCAAUUAUAAGUUGCGAGAACUAUUCAUCUGGACGAGUGGCCCGACCAAGAACGUGGUCCUGGGUCUAGUAGUGAACUGAUUAUCCAUCUUCACGAUUUCCAAAACAGUGAGAAAAACAGAGGCAAGGGUGCCUUAUUCUGUGUUACAGAGAAAUAUUUUCAUCUAACCAGAUGAUGGAAAUAUGUAGCGGGUGCCAAUCAGACUGGCUGGGCGAAGUAAAGUCUGGAUCUACCCAAUAAAUCUUUUGUAAAGUUGAUACCUUCGCAUGGAAUGGGGAAAAGUUCAAAAAAAUGUGCUCCAAAUGAAACUUGGGCUUCAUCUAUCCUGCCACAUGGAGCUGCCAGUGAGAAGGGUGAAUGCAAUGCCAUUAGUGUUGGGGCGGAACUGCAGAUAGGUGGACCUCUAGUAAGAGGGUGCUUGGGCCUCCAGUGGAGGGAGGGGGAGGGGUCUGACGCUGGGGUUGUGAACACGUGGUGGUGAGUGGGUGGCCAGAUGAGGACGUGGUGUCUUUCUUCUCAGCUGGAUGGGGAGAGGGAUUGUUUCCCACCAGGCAAGGUUGCUAACUGUUCUCUGUUUCCCAUUAAACUGGUAACUGGCUCAUCUGCAUCAUUUCCGUUAUGCACAUUUUUUCGUGGGUUUGCAUACGAUUUAGCUUCAUUUAUUGUUAUAUUGACAUCAUCCCUGGCUGUAGAAUCGAUAUGCACAUUAAUUUUUGAUGUUUCCCCUCCUUUAGAUCGAUGUUUCUAAUCCACGAAAUAGUACAAUAAUGCAUUGGAAAAUCAUUGCAGGAGAUAGUAUGUUUUUGAGGUAGAUCAAGUUCUGGCUUCCUGUGAGCCUGUUAGGCGUUCUUAAAUGACUGUUCAACUCGGGCUCUUUGGUCUAUAUAUUUAACUGCAUGGCCCUAUCUGAUUGGUUGUUCUCAUUUGAUGUGAUAGCCUGGUUGUUUGCAUGGUAUUUUAAAUAUUUCUUAUUUCCCUUAAAUGAUACUGUGCUUAUGCAUUGUUCUUUUAUUGACUAAUAAUCAAAAUGAUUUCCUCCAUCACCUUCGUGGUCAAUUUUCGAUGCAGGCACUCCCUUCUGGAAAUUAAUUCUGAAACAAUUUGAUGACUUGCUUGUCAAGAUAUUGAUUGCUGCUGCCAUUAUUUCGUUUCUUUUGGCUUUGUUUGAUGGGGAGACAGGCUUGACAGCAUUCCUAGAACCAUCUGUAAGAACUCAUUGAUGCUAUCAUGCAUGCUUUAAGAUAUCACUGUUGACUCGUUUGCUUGAUUUCUUUUAGAGUAACUGUGGGAUAUGCGCCGCGCGCAGUUUUUUUAUUAAUAAAUAUUUACUUCAUAGUUCUAAUGUGCCUCUAAUACAAAUCAAGCAAACAUGUUUCAUCAUAACGACUUUGCAACAUGAAAUUGUAAUAUUUUGAUCAGUCAUCGACCUUUCCUCUGAAUUAUAAUGGAAUAAGUUGCUAAAUAUCACACUUUAUUUACAGUUUGAAUUUAUCAAAGAAAUAUGCAUGCCUAGACAUAUUCCUGACUUGUUCCUCAGCCUUAUAUUAAUUUCCCAUUUGCUUAUAUUUUGAUUACAUCGACCAAUCAUUCCCAGAAUGGUCGAAAAGGAAAAUCGGAUGGUUUUUUUGUAUGGUUUUAUUUUUUUAUUUAUAUAUUUCCGUUAACUCAUUUUACUCGAGUAUUAUUCCAAUUUAUUAUUUUCUAUUAAUUUUUUUAAAAAACAUUUCUGGAAAAUCCCUAAAUGAGCUUAUAUGGUGAUUUUAUUUCAAAUGCACGACAAUAUGCUUUCAUGCUGGGGCCAUGUAUUUUUUUUCUUUCCUUGGCUACGUUUUAAAAUUUGGUCUUGCUCUUAUUCUAGGAGUUGUCUUAAAAUUGCAUUCAUAGCUGCUAACUAUGCUUCGUUGGAAUUAGAUAUCUGCUUAUUUCCUUUUAAAAUGCAUUCGUUAAUCAUGGUACUUAUUUUCCUGAAUGACAGAUUUUAUUUUUAUUUUUUCUUACAAUCCUUCAACAACCAUUUAUUCAAUCAUCCCCUAAAACUUUCAGAAUUCCUAUAGGUUAUCUUGAUGAUAUUGGCCGCAAAUGCUGCUGUAGGUGUUAUUACGGAGACAAAUGCGGAAAAAGCUAUUGAGGUAGCUCCUUUCUUAUAGGAAACCCCUUUUUCCCUUUCAUAAUGCUAUUGAGGUCGUCCUUUCUUCAUUUUAUUUUGGUUAUUGUCCAUAACUUGUAGCUGAAGAUGGCAUUGCAUGAACCAGUUCUGAUAUCCAGGGAACUCUUACCAUUGUCGUUGCGGCAGCUGCGCUCAUUGCCUAUUGUUGUAUUGAAAUUUUGUUCGUAGUGUACAUUUGGAAGGAUUUCAUUUGCUUGAAUCCAAAUUGAGACUAAAGAGGAUGAGUAAUUAGGAUUCUUUUUCUGUUUCGGUGGUUCAGUAAAGUUGUAUAGUUUUGUUGGGAUGGAAAAAGUUCUGGAUGCUUGUGGGCAAAGGAUCUUGUUUCUUAGGUUAAGCUUGUCCUUCCCCACCAAUGGGAUAUUCACGCUGGCAGCUGAUAAUUUUUCUUAUAUGGAAAUUUCUAUGACGGGUUUUCAUACUUCAUUUAUUAAAAUUCAUCUUUGGUUUGUGCGUUUUGAUAAAAUUAUAUCUUAAACCUUAAUUCGCUAUAGUUUACUAGUUUGAUCAGUACCAUGUGGGAAGGGUCAAUACAAUACAAAACUCUUGAUUCUUUCUUUCCAUGCAUCAUGAGUUUAACGGAUAAAGUGAUAGAUCUAAUUCUUUUUGCAGUGUUGUAGGAGCCUAUGUGUUCAGUCAUUUUCUUUUAGACAUUAUUUUUUAAAGUUACUUCAUAUCUUUGAAAAAGUCCUCUUCCUCGUAUUGCAUUGCUUUAUAAGUCUUAAUAUUCUUACCUUUUCCAUUCUGAAAUGUAAUCAUAUAGGAGUUGCGGGCAUAUCAAGCUGAUGUUGCUACUGUGCUUCGAAAUGGUAAAAGAAAAUCCCAUCAAUUGUCUUUUCUGGUUUCCAUAUACCUAUAUUUGCAUUCUUUUACAUUCUUAUUUAUUUCUGUGAUAGAUGAUGAUUUCCUUCAUCAUAAUUGAUGUGGACUGCCGAAUGACAGUUAACAUGUAAACAUGGAUUAGUUGGAAUCGGAGGAGCUGAAAAUCUGAUAGAACCAGACAGCUGCAAAAUAACUCGGUCAUUAAUUUUAAAGCCUUCAGUUUUGUGUGUGCCUUCAGUUUAAUAUGCUUUGAUUCUUAGCUUGGACCAAGGAGAUGCUGAUCAACCGAAAAAUUCAUUUAUAUCAAGGGAUUUUUCAUGAAUUAUGUUGGGAUCCAUGUAGUAUUUUGCAGAAGUAUGAGAUUGUGUCAGAUUUGCCUAUUAUAAAAUAAUUCGUUUUCUGAAUUAUGUGAGGAUCUGCCUUAAAUCACCUCCUUUUUACCCCUUAUGUGAAUGAAGGUGGUGUCCGCAAUACAGAUGCCUAUUUCUGUUUCAUAAAAUGAAUGAUGCUCUCAACUUCUCUGACAUCUUGAGAGUGUAAAAGGACAAAGAAGAAAGAGCACAAACUAUUCUUCUGGAAGUUGUUGCUUCAGCCUAAUACUCCUCUCACAUGAACCCCUAUAUCAUUUUAUUGAUACAUUUCUGCCUCUGCUGAAUCCUAAUAUGGCAGGAUUAAGCAUAUACGUUGUCAUAGACUGACAGUAGUAAGCUUUUAAUCCAUAUGGUUACCUCAGCCAGCGUCAGAGAAAAAUGUACUCACUCAUCAUGGUUUAUACCUGUUUUCUUUGACAUUUCUUUUUUCAGUAGUUCUGCAUCAAGGUUGUGCUCUGAAUAACUUUUGGUCUGCUUACUAGAAACUUUUCCCUAGUGAAGAAAUAUUCGCUUUUUAUUUCCUCAGAAUUUUCUUUUGUUCACCAUUGAUUUUAGUUGCUAGGGUGGAAAACUUUGCCUUUUUUUCCUAUUACACACCGCAUUAUUUUGCAUGUAUUCCCCUGCCAAUUAUUAUUUCUGUCUAUUGCUUAGUUAACCAAAUCUUGUGAACAGUUUGUAGCCCAUAUAAAGCGGUACUAUUGUUCAAGAGGUCAUUUCAUCUAUUCCAGCUAGAAAUGGAAAUUUGCUGACAUGAAACGUUGAUUGGCAAGUUUCACCUGGAAAAAUCUUCUUCAGAGUGAUAAUCUUAUGACAAUGUUACAGGUUGCUUUUCAAUUUUACCAGCUACAACACUUGUCCCUGGCGAUAUUGUGGAAGUUGGAGGUACACCAGUUGUGUUGCAUAUUACAGCUAUGCUUUAAAUUAAGGUUAUCCACUUUGUCACUGUAAAAUUACCAUCUUGCCAACUUCACAGUUGGGGACAAGAUUCCUGCUGAUAUGAGAAUGGUCGAGAUGCUGAGUAGUCAUCUACGUGUUGACCAGGCAAUCCUUACUGGUACAUAUUAUACUUUUUUUCUUGGGAGCAAUUUCACUUUAAUGUCACGGUUAAUUUAUUCUUUGUUACAAAAGAACUCUAGUGUUGAAGUGUUUGCAUAUAUGAUGUAAUGUCUGACUAAAACUGGAGAUUUCGAAGUCUUUUGUGUCCAUAAACCCUGAGAAUGAAAAAUUUGCCCUUUUGACCUGCCCAGAACAUUUUAUAUGUUUGUUCUCUGCUAUUUAUAAUCAGCUUGGGUUUAACAUUCAUCUGCCUUCCUGUUCCUUUGCCUUGGGUUUAACAUUCGAAGUCUGCUAUUUUGUGUCCUGAAGCUUGGUCUCACUCCACAAAGUUCUUAGGCUACAAAUGAACUAAGUUUAUUGGAAAUUGAGAUGAGAUAAGUUAGUUAUACGUUUUGCCGUACUACCCAUGGAGUGCUAGUUUAUUGUUAUUUUUUACUCAAUUAUAGUCAUAUGUUAUGAAAUUGACAGUUGCAGAGAAAAUGGGCAAGUGGGCGUGGGUGGAUGACAGUCUCUUAAGGAGUGUAAUUUUUCCGCUAAUGACCCUGUUAGCUUAUGCAAUGAGUUGAAAACAUAACCGAAUUCUCCUCGAGAAAACUAUUGUGAUAUAUGUCCAAAUUUUCUUAUAUACUCUGUUAAAGUGAGUUUCGAAUUUGAUCAUUUCCAUGAGUCGAAGAUCCAUUUUAUCUUUUAGAAUUCUUGGAAAUUGUUUUCCGUCUUAUACAUGAUUAUGUUUGUUUAAACAGGUGAAAGCUGUUCUGUUGCAAAAGAACUUGACCGUACUCUGGCAACAAAUGCUGUCUACCAAGACAAGACAAACAUUCUUUUCUCAGUAAGAUACAGUCUUCCCUUUUUAGUUGGAGUUUCUGAUCUCAUAAUUUCCUUUACAGAGUUUGCAAAAAAAAAAAAUGUAUUCUGUGAAGUUUUUUUAGUUGGAGUCUUGAUUAUUCUGCUCGUUUUUAAUUAUUAUUUUGAGGAUAAUGAAGGUUGUAUCCUGUCAAUCUGGGGUUGGUUUCAGACCUGAAUGACGAAAUAUCAAAGACUCUCGUGCUUAAGUCCGAGGUUGUGGGUAUUAAAGACAGAAUUAGAUGAGUGAUGAUAUAUUUCAAUAAAGAGGAAGCUGGUCAAUCUCAGUCUCCUCUAUUGGACACAAUUGGAGGUUUCCAAUCUGAUUUAGCCAGGGAAUUCCAAUCCCUACCUGAUCUUCCUCCUUGGCACUGUCUCCACUGUCACCAAUGUAUUUAGACUUGGCCCAGAGUUCUCUGAUCUGAUCUUGGAGGGGGAGGAGGAUUCCGAUUCCUACCAAACACCCCACCAUGCUUUUAUCACUCUUUUCUUCCUCAUUGCCUCAAUCAUCUCUCCACCAAAUCAUCACCUUCAAAUUGACACCAUCUGGCCAUGGAGGCUGAUGGAUGAAGAAUAGAACACUUACGAUCCCCCCACCUCAAUCCUCUAUCAGCAACAACUGCCGACUGCUAUUGCUUGCGACCAGUAUUAUUGUUGGCGUUGGGUGGCAGUAAAUGGAGAUGGUAUUGAAGACGGGUGCCCAGGAUAAUAUCCUCACAGAAAUGGGAAGAGAGUUUCUUAAAGAAAGAUGAUAAAAGCCCUGACUUAUUUUAUUGUAAAUUAUAUUUCUUCAUUAAGUCAUACUGUUUACUAUUUACAAUUUUUUAUCCUUUUUCUAUGUUGUUAACCGGAUUUGGGUUUCCAUAUGGGUUGGCCAAUCUUGAUCUAAUAGCCGUUCUGGCUGUCUAGUCUGAUCCUUCAUUUCCUGCUGUCCUCUACUCUUCUUCUUUUGGUUUUUCGUCUUGUUCUUCUACUUCUCUGCCCCUUUUUUCUCUCCCUCCUUUUUCUUUAAGGUGCAAACAUAGCUGUAGCUGUCCGACUUGUCUUGGUUGUUUGGAUUUGGAGCUCACGUAUUCUCUCCUAGUCUCAUAUGACAUGAUGGUAUUGCACAACCUCUCUUUCUCACAUGAGUUUGGAAGAGGCUGUGUAAGUAGUAGAAUUUGAACUAAUUCUACUGUUUUUGGCCUAGCUGACCCUAGCUUGGUUUAUCCUGGGUAGAUAAAAAUUCUUUAUUUUUUGAAUUACCUUGUGAAGAUUUUUCCCCUCUCGAACUCAGAUUGAACUUUUACCUCUUAUGAAAUGGCAUUGAUGAUUCAUUCGAUCAAGAGGAGGCUUUGACCUUUAGCUCGAAACAGUGAUUUGUGGCCAAUAUUAACUGGUUGCUUUCAGGGAACUACAGUGGUCGCUGGUCGUGCAAGAGCUGUUGUCGUGGGCAUUGGGUCCAAUACUGCAAUGGGUAGCAUUCGUGACGCAAUGCUGAGAACUGAAGAUGUGAGUCCCUUGAGAUGAUAUAUCUCCCCUCUAUGAUUGAGUCUGUUCCCCCUACUUUAUAGUCUCUAGACUAUGUAAUAUCAUCCAAGAUAUCAAGCUCUAAUUAAAUUCAUAUUUCAUAUCAUCAAUUUCAUGAUUUUAUAUUAAUAUUUUAAAAUUAUCAAAUUAAUAUUGAGUUAACUCAAGUCAACAAUUGAGUCCUGCGCUUAAAAUAUUUUUUCUCUAUAAAAGAAGUUUAAAUUGUUAUGCUCAUCUCGUCUAUUUGUGUAGCAUGAGCGUCUUGCAGCAGUUCUUCUUUGUUAGAUUGUUGUUACUUAUUUUAUUUAGAAUCUUAUUGUUUUUCUUGUUCAACAUCUGCAAUUACGUUGAACCUUACACCAUAAAUUCAAAUUGUAGACAAGAUCUAUGAUAUGUUUUCUCAUGUCAGUUCUCUAUUUUGUUUCUGUGGUAUCACAGGAAAUGACGCCAUUAAAGAAGAAGCUUGAUGAGUUUGGUACUUUUCUGGCAAAGGUGAUUCUCUCUUCUAGUUUAUAAAAGUUAGUUGAGGUAAAUUGUCCAACUUGUUUUGAGUGAAGAAUAUUUCCAUGAGAGUGGGUACCAAAUAUUGCCUUUAAAUCUCUUUCUUCCUUUGUAACUAAAAAAUAUUUCCACGAGCUUGAAAAUACUAACCAGCUAUAAUUUGUUUUUAUCCAGUCUUGACUUUGGUUCAUUUGUAAGAUAAUUUAUCUUGUUUUCUCCUAACCUAUGGAAGCUAUAAUGUUCUCUAGAUUGACCUUUCUAUGCAGAUUCAAACCUGAGAUUGAUCGACUGCAACAUCAAUAGCGGAAUGGCUUUCAUGAGCAUGAUGUUUUUUUAGGAGUGUUUCAUUAGGUCUCUUCAGAUAUUCUGGACGACACGAUAGACAUGCUCACCAAGUGUUAUAAGGGUCAUUUCCUGACUGCUUUUGGCAGCAGUUUGAUAGCGUCAUUAGAUGUAUCAAAAUGGAUGGCCGUUGGAUGGAAAACUGGAUACUAUUAUCCUUCUAGUUUGAUCACUGUACAUAUUUUGUGGAAUGACAAAUAGUUGCUGCACCCAUGUCAUAAAAGAAAAGUAGUCAGAUCUGUUAAGCAAUACAGGCAGUAAAUUUAGAGGGGUUUUAAAUAUUAAGGCAAACUUCACAUUCAGUCAUUGGCGGAAAAGAUAUAUUUCAUCUCAUUAGAUAAGGUAUUUCCUGGACCAGUUGAUGGACUUAGAUCAAAAGCCCAUUCCUUUGUGGACUGUUUCAAAGGUUCCAUUAUUUGUUGACUUAAAUGAGGAACCUCUGAUCAUAGCUACCAUAUUUUUUCUCUCUGGGUUCUGACCAAACAUGAAAUGGAGAGUAAAUUUCUGUAUGCUCACGACUUUGUAAGACUCCUUCGUUCAAGCAUCAAAGCUGAAAAAUACCUCAAUAUCUCCAAUGAUUCUUGUGUGAUUCUCAAGUCAGAAACAAUGAGCACCUGCAUUCUCGUACGAGCAUUCUUCUAAAACUGGAGUCUCAAGACCAUCUUUCUUUGGGGAUGUCAUAAAUCGUAGGAGAAAAUAAGUUUCGCUUCUACCUCAUCACUAAGUAUUUUUUGAGUAUUUCAAAGUGUCAGGAUAAGGUUCAUUCCUUUUCUUUAGGUACCAUAAAAGGGCACUACAUGAAAACAUGCUAAUGCGAGAUACAGCGGAUGAAGAAGAUAAUCUCCUAGUGGUUGCAUCAAACUACGAAACAUCUGUCUGGUGUGUGGAUUAUAUGAUUGACCCCAUAUUAGUACUCAGGUUCACCAAAACUCUGCUUGUAAAAUGCAUGAUUUGAAACACAGCAUUGCAGCUUAUUCAUAUUUUAAAUAUAUUUCAAAUAAAGUGGAAAGUCAUUUAGAUAAUAUGUUAAAAUUUGCACCUAAGUCAGCUUAAUGGGACCAAGGUGACCAAACCAAUCUUUAUCAAGAUGAAACUGAAGACAAAAUCAAAUGAUUGCCCAUUCAAAGCCAUGCAGAUUGAUCAUACCUCCUUGCUGGUUACCAACCAUUGUUCGUUCCAAUUCAGAUGCGUGGUUAUCUGGAAACGGUUAAAAUCUGGUAUCAGCGAUGCUUGCUUUUAUUUCUGGAGUUGGCCCUUGAUUUAGGAUAUCGAUACUACUCCCUAUGGACGAGUACGUGCCUUAGUAGUUGAACUGAAGUCAAUACUUCAGCUCUCAAAUCCUAGAAAGAAAAAUUAGGGGAUCAUAGUGAGGGUCUACUUGCUUCUCUUCGAAGAUGAAGCUAAUACCCUUUAGUUACGCAUCUGCCAUUGUGGUUAGAGACCCUUCAAAACCAUCUCAUGACUCUAGGGAAGAGCCUCCCCACCAGUGAUUAUUGAGCUACUCUAGAAAACUUCUGAGAUGUGUCUCGUGAGCAGAUUCUUUAUGAGCUUAAACCGGCGCGUACUCUGGGUGGGUCCUCUCUUUAUAUGGGUGGACAUCAAAACUUGUAUAUUUUUGGCUUAGGAUUGAGUCAGUAUUCCCUUAUUAUUGACAGUGCUUUAAGAUUAUGACACUAUGCCAUCAUCUUCGUGAGAACAUAUGCAUGUAGACGGCUCUACACAGAAAAGGCAACUUUAUGUCUUCAGACAAUACCAUUUCCUGGAGCUCAUAGUUUGACUUGGAAACAUUCAGUGAUUAUUGAUUAAAAGCUAUGCUGAUUGGAUGGAUUAAAAUCAUCACAUUCAUAAAACGGUGGCAUCCAGGUUUUACUAAUUUGGAUUCCAAUUGUCUGAUCUCUGGAAUCAUAUCAGAUUUGAUUUUUAAAGUUAGCAAGCGGUUGUUUGAUGCUGCCAUAUAAAUAAAUGAUGUGAUUCAAACAUAAUGCUUAUAAAUCUGCCUUAUGAUGGUUUGACAAUCAGUUGUCAAUUCAUGUUUGUAAACAGAAAAGACUGUAUCCUUGGUAUCUUUUGUAUAAAACAAGAUAAUGUUAAUAAUAUUCGUUGAUAUAACAAAGAGUUCAAGGUAUAUAUUGGCUCAUAUUUGCGCUAUUUCCCGCCUCACUAGUAUCAUGCCAAACUCGAAUUAUCUUACUGCUUCUAUUUCCAGCUUUUCGUUUUGAUCUUGGUGAUGAUAUUAGCUUAUAAUAGUAUAUUAGUUUGUUAGGUGAUUAUGAAGUUGGUCUAAUUUCGUGGAAUUAGUGCUCUUAGACUUUUUCUUGUCAUAGCUCAUUUUUAUUCUCUUUAGGUCAUUGCAGGGAUCUGUAUACUCGUAUGGGUUGUGAACAUUGGUCAUUUCCGUGAUCCAUCUCAUGGUGGUAUUUUGAGGGGUGCUAUCCAUUACUUCAAGGUAUCUCUUUUAGAUAGCUCUAGUUUUUGCAAUUUACAUUGUUUAUAGUUUAUUUUUUUAUGUCGAAAUUACUUUUAUUUUUUCCACUGCAUAGAAAUGAUCCAUUUUUGUCAUUGUGAUGAUACUCAAUGGCCCAAAGCUAGUAAAUUAAGUGAAUUUUUAAAAAAAAUACUAAAUAUCAUUAUAGUCAACCAGCCGUUCUUAAGCCCUCAUAAAGAUGACCAUAAGUUGCAUGUUAUCUUUAUAAUUUUAUAGAUAAAUGCAUAUGUGAAACAGUUAUACAUUUUCUAAUAAUUUUCUUUACAUAUUUUGAUGAUUUAUUUUUUAUAUAAAAUUUAUUUUCAAAUUUCAUCAUUUAUUUUUAAAUCAGUUUAAAUAUGUUUUGAAAGGCAUUUUGCAUGCACCUUUCAAUGUUGUUAGAGAUUAUAACGGUGAAUUGAAUCUUUAUUGUUUUGUUACAUUAAAAACUUUGGUUAUACUUUGUCAUGCAUUGUGUUUUAUGAACUUUAUUUCAGUGCGGACCUAGUUAUUGAUUAUAUCAUGGAAACAAGAGAGUACAAUAGGUGAUUGGGACAAUGAAUAGUAAGAACAUUGAGCCUCUAAAAAAGUUUAGUAAUCUAGCAAAAUUUCACAUAAAUACGAGAAGGCGUCAUAACCAAAUUUUCUUUCUAUCUUUGGACCUCCCCAAUGGGGUAGCGUUGAUAUUUUCUCAUAUUUCUAUUUCUUUGAACUACUGAUUUGGGAAAUGAGAUUGCUUUGUUGACGGUAUUCUAUAGAUCAUUGAAUUCAAGUUGAAAUCUUCUGUUGCUUCUUUGCCUCCAACUAGCCUACAGUGCUAGCUUUAGCACCUUCCAAUCAAUUUAUGGUUGGGUGGAAAAUGAUAUUCUAUGGUUGGGUGGAAAUUUAUAUGUCAUCCCUCUGAGCCAUCAAACUUUUAUGGUUUAUAUAAUCAUUAGGAUGAGUUUGAAUUGAUCCAAAUAUCAUUGUCCACAUAUGAUUAAUUCUCACAUCCAAGGUAUUGACAGAAAAUCUCUUGAAAGGCACCACGGAACAAUUUCUUGUGAUCUGGCUUGAAUAUAUGAAUUCUAUGAAAUAAGGUGUCAUCCACCGACCAAUAUUCAUGGAAAAAGUAUUAUAUGUGAGGAAUCUUGUACGCACUUCAAACUCUUCCAAUUUCUUUAUUAUCUUUUAUGAUUCUGUUUUUUCCUUAUUUGCAGAUUGCAGUUGCUUUAGCAGUUGCAGCAAUUCCAGAAGGACUUCCUGCUGUUGUGACAACGUCGGUAUUCUAAAUGAACUUUUUAACUGUCAAUUCUAAAUGAACUUUCAAGAUGGAGACCUGCUCCCCGCAUUACAAUUGGUUUUGAGUAGGAUGGCCCAAUAAGUACGACAGUUUUUUAAUUUUUCAAAUGUAAAUAUCACGUUGGCAGGAAAUAAGUGCGCUCAUCUAGCUUGAUAAGUAAAUUAACUUUUUUCUUAUUCAAAAUUAAAAGUGGUGCUAUUCACUUUUGGAAACAAGAACCAAACAGAGGGUGGAAUGACAGGAAAUUCACCUUCUUGGCAACAUACUUGAAGACAUUAUUAACUAUAAGUUUGUAUGCAUACUCCUAUGCAUUUCUGAAUUCCUUAUUGGAAAGUUCGGAUAGCAAUUUUGUUCAUCUUAUUUGGACAAAUCAACAUCUCUACGAGCAUCAGUGCUAUAUGUCCGAUCAUCAAACCUAGAUGUAUUGAUAAAUUUUGGGAUGGUUCUGUUUCACUAGUUGAAGAUAAAUUAGGCAUAAAUUAAAAGCUAUAACGAAAUAUGUCAUGUUCAUGUGGACUUAAUUUCAGACAUUUUUUUGUUUUUCUGCUGAACCUUAUAGUGUUCCUUGUUCUUGUUAUCUAGCUGCUUAGCUCUUGGAACUAAGAGAAUGGCUCGACUAAAUGCUAUUGUACGGUCAUUACCAUCAGUGGAGACCUUAGGUUGCACAACGGUAAUUUGCAGUGACAAGACUGGCACUCUCACAACGAACAUGAUGUCCGUUUCAAAGGUGAUUGUGUGGAUCCUUGAAUGUAUGAACUGCUUUGUUUAUAACAUCUUUCUGUCAAGUGUCUGUUCCACUUUGUUCAUUCUUUGCCCGAAACAUUUAAUCUGCUUCAGAUAUAGGAGGGAUGGGGCCUGUGUCUUGUUGGCUCUAUGGUAUCCACUUCAUAUAUUAGGUGUAGAAAACCAAAAUUCAGAUUCCGAAUUUAUUGUAGAGAAAGAUUUGUGAUAGCCCACUUGUGUCUUAGUUUGUGCCCAAGUGUGCUGAAUAACAGCCAGUGUCUCCUCAGGUUUAUGUUGACCUUGCCUAAGAUUGCAUGUAUAACUUGGGUGUAAUGCUGUUAUUUAUCAUUGGUUAAUAAACUUAGGUGCAAUAUGAAAAACUUGGGUGCAAGCUGCUCUAAUUUUGCUUGGGAAAUCCUGAACUGACAAUAAUUCUUAGUGUUCCAUUACAUAGGAUACUGUUCCUUUUUAUUUUACAGCAGAUUUUUUUGUACUCUUAUCAGAAGAUUCUAGUGUGUUUCCAUAAACAUAUUCUGCUGUUUUUUUGGUUGUUUUAUAGAUUUGUGUAGUUCAUUCUGUGCACCAUCGUUCUAUCACUUCAGAGUAUACCGUCAGUGGAACCACUUAUUCCCCAGAAGGCCUUAUUUUUGAUGCUGCGGGAGUGCAGGUAACACAAUUUUCUAAAUAUUGAUCUUGCUGUUCUCUAUGGAAUUCAGAGUUUCGUGACAUGUUCUUUCUCAAUGCCAUGCCUAAUUUUGUAGUACCUUGACUGGUAUUUAUUUGUUUCCUCCUAGCUUGAAUUCCCUGCACAGUUUCCCUGUCUUCUUCACAUAGCGAUGUGUUCAGCACUUUGCAAUGAAUCUAUCUUACAAUACAACCCGGAUAAAAAAAACUAUGAAAAGAUUGGUGAGUCAACAGAAGUUGCACUCCGUGUUCUCGCAGAAAAGGUCAGUUCAAUCGUAACCGAUAUUGUUUUCUUUGCCAGCUCCUUUUUUUUAAGUUUGAUGACUUCAUAGAUCACGUGUAUGCAUAUCAGGUGGGUCUUCCCGGUUUUGAUUCAAUGCCGUCAGCUUUGGAUAUGCUCUCCAAACAUGAGAGAGCAUCAUAUUGUAAUCAUUAUUGGGAACACCAGUUUAAAAAGGUUUGCGUUUAACUCUGAAAGCAUGGGUCCUAAAAUUGUGGCUAAUUGAACUGGAUUUAGGUUGAUUCAGUUUCAUAUUACUCGUCUAGUUUGUUCCACAUUCUCUUGUUUGUAUAUCAGCUACAGCACUGCACAUUUACACCAGUAUACAUUUAUCACGCGGAAGAUAUGUUUCUAAUAUUUUGAUCACGUGGCCACCUUCCUUCCUAUGGCCAAAUAUCUUGUGCCUUACGUGUCUAUGCGGAACAUUAACACAAAUAUCAUACACCAGUGAUACUGCCUUGUUUUCUUAUAACAUUAACACUUCUUGUUUUCUAUGCGGAAUUCAAGGGAAGACAUGUAUAUCUUGUUCCUUGGUGUUAUUUCAUGCAAUAGAUUUGUGAAAUGAUCCUCAUCAUGAUAGAUAUAAGGAGCUGCAUUCCUGCUGGUGAUCUGCUCAGUGAAUGGACUGUCUUCUGUCUUUCUUGAUAUGCAAACGUUACUUGUAAUGUGAGGUGCAAUGUCAUUUUCUGGUAUAUGUUUCUUUCCUUUUGUUAGCUGAAUGUAUACUUGUGUGUAAUUCUUCUUUCCAAUGGAAAUAAUCACAUGGUAAUAUCCACUUUGAAAAAAAAUUCAUGUCUGUGUGUGAACGAUUUUACUUAAUAUUGCGAGCUGCCUAAUGUUUUCUAUGUGGAGGUUAAAAAUCGCUCCUUUCUUUGGGAGCUCCGAUGUGAAAUUGGUCUUUGAUAAUUUUUCAUCGGGUUUCAUAUAAGUUGAUUAAUCCAUCAUACUUGCUCGCAUUUUUAUAUACAGAAUUGCCUUCUAUUACCCCGUCCUUUAUCAAUUUUCUCGAUGUUUGGUUUUGCAUAAUAAUCACCGUCCAGAAUGUCACUAUUCUAUCUGCUUGUUCAUAUUCUGAUGAGUUGGGCGCUUACACAGGUCUCCGUUUUGGAAUUUUCUCGUGACCGCAAAAUGAUGAGCGUACUUUGUAGCCGGAAACAGCAAGAGAUAAUGUUUUCAAAAGGUGCCCCUGAGAGCAUACUAUCAAGAUGCACACAUAUUUUAUGCAACGAGGAUGGCUCUUCUGUUCCGUUAACUGCUGAUAUUCGCUCAGAGUUGGAGACUAGAUUUCAUAGGUACAUCCGUUUUCUCCCUUUUCCCAUACAACAGUAAGCUAAAUCUCAUAAACGGCAAGUUGAGAGUUGGUCUCACUCAACUUGCUUUGAGUAGAGACAAAAUUGGGCAUUGUCAUCCUUUUUGUAAUAAUAUCAGGAACCUAAUGCUUUGAGCCUUCAUGUGGUGAACACAGUCCCCUGAAUCUAACCUUUCUACGAUGAAAUUGCUGUCAAUCCCUUGGGUUUUUCCAUGCAACGGUAGAUUAUUUGGGAUGCUUAUUGUUGUCUUGUCAUACACAGCGAUAGAUAUACUCCAGUAGAAAAUAUCCUAUGGGAAAUUUAUACCCGAACAACUGAGCUACCGUUUAAUCAGUCUCCUAGAUUCAGCUUCUACUCUUAUAGUCUUAUUUUGUUUCUUUGUAAUUUCUUCAGGAUAUUUUUGUAUUUAAAGCUUCUGUUUAAACAAAUGGGCUUAUUUCAGGGAGCUAGUAUCUAAUGACUGAUACAUUGUGACAUUUAACAAUUCGAUCAAGGAAACCAAUCAUAAUCCUGUUCGUGAUGUUCUAUUUUACUUUUAUCGUGAUAAGUAGCUCCCACAGCAAGUUUCAUGAUUUUUCAUCGACCUAAGAAACUUUUCUAGUAUUUAAUCUGGUACUAAGGCUGAUUUAUCUUGAGAAAAUUAUCUUGAUUUCUGACAAGGCAGUGCCUGGAGUAUCAUUUCUCCGAAAGGUGAAUAAAGUUGGAUUUGUUCGGUGCUAUGUCGACUAAUAUCUCUGAAAGAUUGAAAUACUUUGAACAAACAUUUCUAAAUGAAAUUUUUUAACAUCAGAGGAGUCAUCGUGCUCUUGUAUAGAUUCUUGAAACGCAGAUUCUUUUUUGGGCUGAAGUCUCCGCUUAGUACAAUGUUUCCACCGACGAAAGGAGGUUUGAAAUUAGUAAAUUCAAGCUUCUGAACCUUGUUUUGAAUUUAGUGGUCUGGAAAUACUUUCAAUGAUGUUUUCAGCAUAUUGUAGCUUUUGGAUGAUUUUAAUAUUUUUUCUUGAUCAUGUUGUUUGUAAAUAGCAUUCUUUUAUAUGUUUGUCUUCUGAAAUCAGUCUUUUAUUUGACUAGCUUUACGACUUAGAUGUCUUUAAUACUCAAUUAGAUUAUAUAUGAUGUAUUUAUUAACGUUAAGAAACUAUUCUGAUGUAAUCGUUUUUUACUGUUAACAUUGGUAAUAUUAGAGAGAUUCCAAUUAUCAUAUUUUCACUUUCCAAAAAAUUCUUUUUAAAUGUGCUUACAUUUUUCACGUUCCAUCAAACCAGUUUGGCAGGGAAGGAUACCCUGAGAUGUUUGGCGUUUGCAUUAAAACGAAUGCCAUUGGGACAACAAACUCUUUACCCUGAAGAUGAGGCAGACCUCACGUUUAUUGGCCUGGUACAUCCUUUUCUUAUGUAUCUUUUUGGUUAAUUCCUCCCUUUGAUGCGAAUGAUAUUUAUGCCAUCAUCACAUAAAAUUCCUUCUAUGUUUAUAAUCUUUUGUCUCUUAGUGAAAAAACCCAUAAGCCUGUGUCAUGUGCUAGGAAAGUUUCAAAGCAACUUUGAGCCUGUGCCUGGAUAUUCUAUAUCUGUUGUUACUUCUGUAGAAGAUGGUUUCUCUGCUUCUUUAUUCACUCUCUUGAAGAUUUAUUGUAACUUGGUAACUUGUAUUUGUUAGCUCUGUGUUCUGAGGUUAUGAUUGGCUGAGUUGGUGAUCUCGUGGUCUGAUUAACUUGACAUGGUAUGGAGGAUCGGCUGCUCUAACCCAAUUCAUGUUGUUUCUGAAUUACGUCUAAGGGGUGGAUUCGACAAAUCUGAUCGAUAUCUUGGUUGGCUGUGAAUGAAAUUAACCUUGUCAAUCCUGAUACCGUGCAUAUUAGAAAGGGUCAAAAUGCGGGUGAAUUGGGAGAACUCAGCCAAAGUCAGCACAGUUUACAUAAGGCAUGCUGUAUUGCUCGAGUGUGAUGAAAUAACUUGUUGAUUUAGUCAAAAGAGUACAAAAGGAUAUAUGUUUUUGUUAGAGAUACUUGUUUUAUAUGUUUCUAGUUGGGAUUCAAAUAAAAAGAGUGAGCUUUUCAAAGCUAUUCCCACUUUGAAGUCCAUUUGCGAAAGAAGAUGAAUAUGCAGCCGAAGACACAGGUAAAGCCUGCAAUCGGUGACUGGGGAAGAAAAACCAAUAAGCUAAUUUUAGUAAGGACGGCUGGGAUUAGAUAUGUUGAAAACAUUGGAUGGGUCAGGUUCUUCUUCUUUUCAUCAUUUCUUUUCCUCUUCCUCUGUGAUUCCAUCCAUGCUAAAAUUUCAGCAAAAAUAACAGGAGACACUUAGAAAUGUCUUGAACCAUUAAAAAUCCUAAAAAGGCAUGAGUAAUAAACUCGUAUCAGUUGAGAUUUACAGAAAUCCGACUAAUACCUCUGAGAACACUUGAUUUUAUGGGUUUUCAUGUAAGAUUUCAAGCAUGAGUCGACCAACCUGAUUGCACUGUAACUUUGAUACAAUUGCGUGUCAAUAAUUUUUCUGUUACAUAUUCUCACUAUUUUAUUUCUGUCCAAUGCACGAUUUUUAAAUUUCAGGUUCUGUCAGUACCUUGAAAAUGUGUUAACAGUACCUUGAAAGUUUUGUCCUCCAGGCCACCUAUUUCCUAUUAAGAUAGUUGUCUUUCGUCCAUGUCAUCGGCUUAAUAAUAUUGUGAAUUGAAGUGAUCAUCAUUAGUUAUGGUUGUAAGACAAUUUUCUGCAGCUGCCUUAACUCAUUAAUUUGCUUCCGUAUUUUCUUCUUCUGUUGAAGGUUGGGAUGCGGGAUCCACCAAGAGUUGAAGUAAAAAAUGCCAUACUAUCUUGUAUGUCGGCUGGGAUACGUGUUAUAGUUGUUACUGGGGACAACAAAGUAAGGCUAAGGCAAAAUAUCUUAUUGGUUUUUAAUGCUUCUUUUGAAGAAUUAACUAACUAUAUUGGUACAUAUUAUGUGUCAGUCCACAGCAGAAUCUCUUUGCCGUCAAAUUGGAGCUUUUGAGCACUUGGAUGAUCUCAGUGGAUACUCAUAUACUGCUUCUGAGUUUGAGGAACUUCCACCAUUGGAGCGAGCUGCAGCUUUGCAACGUAUCAUACUACUUACGAGGUAGAAUGUCAUUUAUUGUCUGCUAGUAAAUAUGAUGUAAUCGUGAUAAUUUAUGACUUUUAGUUAAAUAACGUCAUAAUUCUGUUUAUUGUCCUAGUCUUAGCUUUACUCGUUGAUCAUUACAAUUAAUUGGUUACAAUUUGGAAUGUUAAUGUCUUACCAAAUACUCUAUAUGAUAUGCUAUCACCGGGGUCCUAACAUUUUGCGUGCCAUAUUCCCCAUUGGUAGCCAAUGCUUUCUUUGAGAUUGAGUUUGUUUUAUGCAUCCAUCAGUCAUAUGUUAGACAGGUGUAAAACUAGUGACUUCUAUUUAGAAAGUAUCUCCUCACGUGCUCCUAGGUUGCCGUAAAUGUAGGUAUCAUCAGGAGAGAUAUCCUUGAAAGACCUUAUCUAACGUCUGUAUUAAUCCAAGAAAAAAGUUUCCAUAUAUAAUCGAUUCAAUAUCUUGGAAAUGAUUUCGUUUCCAUCCUCCGAAAAUGAUUUCGGACUCUUGAGAUACCUGAUAAAUUUCAUCUCUUUGUAAGCUAAAACGUUAUAUUAAUUCAUUAGUAGAUCCUAGGUUUAUCAUGCAAAUAAUGGCAUGCUUCUUACACAGUAUAAAUGUGCGAAUUUCUAAAGCACUGGCCUCUUAAUUAUUGAAAAAGCAACUGAGUAGAAAUAAAUUGACACAAGCACCAAUAUAAUUUUUUUCAUAACUGAUUCAGUUUCGAAGGUUCAAAAUAAAUGAUAAAUACCAAUUUAAAGUGCUAAGUCAACAGGGACUUCAUGAAGAUGCUAGGGAAUAGCUAGGGAAUAAGUAGGGUAUGCGAUUUUCAGUCAUAAGACAACUCCACUUCUCAUGGCAUCGCAAAAGUAGCGGAAAAUAGUCAACUAUGCUCCUUUUGUGUUAUGAUAAAUGAAGUGCUGGGGUCCUCUGACAUCACCUUACAAAUGAGUGGGACCACAGAAUUUUUUUUGAUGAUAUGCAAAUCCUAUGUGUGUUGAAAAGUCGACAUCAGUACAUAUAUUCUCAAAAUGAAUGAAUCUAUGAAUGAAAUCAAUCUUGGCUUCCGAAAUCGUGUUACCUACUUGGGAAGACUUUCCAAUGGAAACAAGGCAUGCUAUGAUAUUUUCCCAUACCUUCAUAACAAGUUAGAGAAGCGAGUUAUGAACACUGACCAUGCCACUCAAUUGCAUCUCAAUACAACUCUUUUGAAAUAUAUCAUCAACUCAUUUGUAAUAUCUUGGUACCCUACAAUGUGUAAAGAGGGUAUGUAAACGGUAUAAAUCUUCCAACAAAGUCGACUACCAUUUUUUCAUGCAACAUGAAAAGAGAAUGAAUAUAGGGCCAAGCCUUUGAUUGAAACAGACAAUCAUCGUGUUUUAGAUGUAACGAAAAUGGGUAAGUGGCAAAGCUCUUCCAACGAAUCAGACUAUCCUUGUGACUGUUGGAACAAAGAAGCUGUUUCGCACUUCUGAGAACUAUGAUAAACUUAAAGGCUAGAUGCUUGGAACAGGAGGUGUGCCAUCGGCCAUCAUUUUCCAUCUGAACGUGCUAGUUGCUGUUAUUUUAGGGUUUAAUUGAUCUAUUUAAACAUAUGAGGUAGUUCAAGGAGUUUUACUGAUUGCACAUGUGAAGGACCACACUGGUCCUAUCUGAUUUUUUUCGUUUCGGGCUACAGUCCGAGUGAUUUUCCUUUUCACAUAGAAAGUAUUGUUGUAUCAUCUAUGCGUCUACAUUUUUCUUAUCACAAACGGAAUUUUACUAUUGGAUAUCUGUUCACGCAGUAAUAACAGUCGUCAUCCUAACUUACGUUAGAAGCCUCAUCCGUAGAGAAUUCGUCCAAUCUCCCCCAUAUACUUUAGUUUUAAUUGAAAAAAAAAUCUAUUGCACUUGCCUAUGGAGCAUAUAUUAAUUAAUUCUUAUUAAAAUUUCAAAAGGUUCCUCUCUGUAUUUUUCUCAAAGAAGAUGUCGUUGGUCAGACUUUGGAACAUAUUAUGCAAGGAUUGGGUGCAUAUAAUUUUUUUAUAACACCAUCUAUUUAAGAGGUUAAGCGUAUCUUUUUGCAUGUAUGUGCUAGGAGGGUUAGCAUUUGUCUCUAUGCAUGUAUCCUCUGAGAGGGGUUGAGUGUGGACUUUUCAUUUGCUUAGGACAAGUUUACUCAAAAGAUGACUGGGCACCUGGAUUUUAGUCGGUUGACUUACGUAGUGCAUGAUGCUCUUGGCAACUUUGUGUACAAGUUAAUUUACAAGACUGAAGGAAAACUUUGCUCUUUACUACCUACUGCAAUUUUAUUUGAUUUUUCCCCCGGUAGGUUUUCCUUGUGUAUAACGUAUUCCCAUUUCAUGUUAUAGAGUUGAACCAUCUCAUAAAAGGAUGCUCGUUGAAGCGCUCCAAAAUCAAAAUGAAGUCGUAAGAUUCUGAUCCAUGUCGUCUCUUUCUUAGAUAGGCACACAAUCGGGCAAAUUAUCAAUGAUAUUCUCGAAAGUGGAGUGCCCUAAACUACCGGUGUUGGUGUCUUACUUUUUCUCUUUUCUAUUUGGCUUACACUUUGGUGUUUUCUUUCUUUUUAUUCUUCAGGUUGCAAUGACAGGUGAUGGAGUCAAUGAUGCACCUGCACUCAAGAAAGCUGACAUCGGAAUUGCGAUGGGUUCAGGAACAGCGGUUGCUAAGGUAUUCUGUCCAGUCACUGGCAACCCAUCAUUCUCCCGGAAAGGCUGCCAAUUAAUGCUGGCCAAAUCAAAUGACUGAAUUAAUCGUUGAAAGAUCAUUGGUUUUAGCGUACGAGGACCACAGUUCAUGAGAAUAUUUUUGUCUAUGUUGAUGACCUGAAUUGAUCUUGUCUUUCUGUCGAAUAAUGCAAGCAACUAUAUUAUUUUUUCAGAGUGCUUCUGAUAUGGUGUUGGCUGAUGACAAUUUUGCUUCAAUUGUCUCAGUAAGUUGUUUACCAGUGUAAAAUUGUCAAUUAGUUCUAUGAUUCUUAGGUUCUCCUAUCCUUAUUUGUAAAGUGUACCUCUCCGUAUGAAAUCCGCAGUAGUUUUCUUUUUUUAAUAGUUUACUAUGCUCUUACCAGGCUGUUGCAGAAGGAAGAGCUAUAUAUAACAAUACCAAGCAAUUUAUCAGAUAUAUGAUCUCUUCAAAUAUUGGAGAAGUGGUUUGUAUAUUUGUUGCAGCAAUACUUGGGAUGCCAGAAACUCUUAUACCUGUAAGUUAACAAAUCACUAACAUUUCUCCAUCUAGUAUGUUUUGUGCUUGAUUGCUUCAUCAAUUUUUUUGACGAAAUUCGUCUUAUACAGUUCGCCAUCUCUAAAAUAAUAAUUGACUUUUGGAUACGUACAUAUGUAUCCUGCGUUUGCCAAAUCGAACUCGGGAUCAUUGGAAAUGCCAAAAGUGAAGUGACAACCAUAACAAUAUGGCCUCGGUUCCCAACGUUGGAGUGGAAAAGGAAAAAGGAGUAGGGAGAUCUACGACAGAGGGGACAUUGGAUUUGCGGGGGCCAUCGCUGCUAGCACUUCCACCUUCAGCCACUGAUAUCUGUUUCUUUCCUCUCUUUUGAAUUGGGUUGGACUUGCUUCCAUCUACUGUCAUAUACUCUUUUUCAUCAGUCACAAACGUGCUUCCACAGUUUGUUAUAAGGUGAUGUCUCCAGUGGGUAGUACAGUCUACUCUAUCCACUGCAAAAGGAGUAGAGAUCAUUGGGUGAUGCGGGAGGGGUUAUUAAUGAUUUAAUGUUCUCAAUACCAACUUGACUUGAAUCUUCAUAUGCAUGUCAGGAUGGGAAAGUUCAAAACUUGAGUUGACUAGUAUGGAUCCAUAGUUCCAAUUCACAUUAUCGGUUAGGACAGCUAAAGGUGACAUAGUUGUAUGAGUUGGAAAAAAUUUCAAGAUUCACACGUAGUUUUAUGACUUAGAGCCAAGUUAUUGGGAGAGUCACAUCGGUACAAUCCAACCUAAUUUAUGGUCUGUUUUGGUCUAAAUAUGAUAUGAAGCCAGCCAUUUUGCUUUGUUUAUCAUUGAAUAAUCAUUUCAAUCUUAUCUCUUUCUUUUCUUCUAGUAAGCAUGUUAUGCUACAUAUGUGAUGUAUGUGGAAUGCUCUUGUCAGAUGGUUUUGAGAUAGAUGUUUUGGAUUCCUGAGAGUAAUAUUUGCUAUGCAGUACUUGUUUCCUUAUGUUUCUGCUAUUUGCUGAAAUUCUAAUAUCUAAUGUAACGUCAAUAGAGACAUUUCUUCCUGGUUCUAUUGAAUGAGAAAGAGAAAUACUUUCUCUUCUGUCUUGCGUUUUCUCUAAUGUAUUCUAGAAUAUUGUUCCUUAGAGUUAACUUUUGACCAAUUUUUUUUUUCAGGUUCAAUUACUUUGGGUGAAUUUGGUCACUGAUGGAUUGCCUGCAACAGCAAUAGGUUUUAACAAACAAGAUUCGAAUGUUAUGAUGGCUAAACCUCGCAAGGUACUUUUUUGGUUUUUGAAUGCUGAACUUCUGAUAACUUUACGUGUGUGUUAUGUGCAUGUUUAACUUCAACACAGGCUUCACCAUACCGCUUACUGUUAUCAGAUUACAGCAGUCUUGACCUUAUGACUCAUCCAAAUUGUCAUGUGUAAAUAGUAUUAUCUGGGAUCUAAUACUUUUAGAUUAGUGAAUGUGGGAAUUUGUGAUAUUAAAUCGCGUGGAUUAUAUGCAUGAAGAUUGUGAUUGAAAUUUUUCCAGCUCUUCUUUUGUGAGACAGAUUAGGUUAAAGCAUCUUUGAACUGGCCGAAAUGGUCGUUUGUUUUUUUGGUAUUAAGGCUCAGAAUCCUAAGGUCCAGAAGUUUUAGGAUUCACGAAAGAGAGAUUUAUCAGAAUUUCUUCUUUAUUUCUUACUAGCAAUACCGCUCUGCUGUUGUUCUAAUGCAAGUCCAAAGAAAUAAUGAAUUCGUCUUCUGUGGCAUCUUGGAAACCAAGCGCCAUCACAUAAUGAUGCAAGUGAAACCUGUAAACCUACAGACUUGUGUUCACAUGAUAGAAAGGAAAGAUAAACGUAAACAGAUUUAUUAUCUCCAAAGAGUAAUGGAACUACCUUCGGGGCAUGGAAAGAAACUUUAGGGCUGUUGGAUGACAGAACAUGUCUGACAUUCUUCAUGAUGUCUGGACGCUCAAUGAUUGUUUGUUGCAUACAAUCAGUAGUCGCCUUGUCAGACUGCCUGUUAGAUGCUUGAUACUUUGUUGUGACUUGUUUCUUUAUUUCAUCAUCAGAUAAGUGAAGCAGUAGUCAGCGGCUGGCUAUUUUUCCGUUAUUUGAUAAUUGGAGGUAAACGUGCGACCAAACUACAUAUUUCUUUUCCUGCUUGCUUUUUUUAAUUUUAUAUCACUGACUUCAGCUCAAGGUUUUAUGAUGUCUUCUUUUAAAAUCCUUCUCAAUAACAAAACUUAGUCCUGCUUUGUAAUUCCGUGGUGUCUAGCCUGCAAUGAUGCAUUCAUGCACAUGUGCAAAAACUCAUUGAUUAGAAAGCGUUCUUCAAAUGCUCAUGUGGUAUCAGAGAAUGUAAAAACGAAUUAGAUACUGAAAUCAGGCAUCACCUAACCGAUUUAAACCAUGCAUUUAUGCAAUGGUAGAGCCAUGACAACGCAAUAAGGCAUCAUGUCGAAUAUUGAGGACAUAGGUACAACCACGAAUAAUUAUUGUUAAAGUGAAUAACAGUGACCCAUAUUUGUUUUAAGUCAAUUAUAGAGGUAAGUACUAAUCAUUUGUAACUUUAGAUCUAAAGGUCAGUGCAACUUCAGAAGUAUAUUAAAAGCGAAUCUGUUUUCCUCCAUUAAUAGAUUUGGAGAUAGUCUUACGUGUGAUCGGAAUUAUAUAUGAUCAGCACAGAAUGAUAGUACUUUACUACUCAGACUUCGUCUAUGUCAUGCAUAAACUACAACAUAGGGAGAUUUCCAUUACACAUUCACUCCUAUGGACUGUGAUCGUGAGACUAUGGUCAUACAGAUGAAGAUUUGAUGAAAAUCAAGCUCGCCUGACCGUGCUGAAUUUACCCCACUGUCUAGGGGCUCAACAAACUUUUCGGAAUGCCACUGCAUGCAAGGGUCUAUUCAAGCCCUGCUAUGACAAGGUCAUUAAUCGAAUUCAUACCUCAGAAACCCUAUUAGACCUGGAAGUUCAUCUUGUAUCAUUCCUCACUUAGAGUGUAAUAAUUGGAUACAACAUGCAGACAGAUUUGAGGUCAGAAAGUGAAAGUGGCAGUGGCUGCGAUUGGCAGAAAAUCCAUACAAGGUCAAUACCUACUAUUCAGGCAGACUAGACAAUAGAUUGACCUUCUGUGUACAGUGCUUGGGGAAAUACUUUACCUGCCUUUCAGGAACAUUGACAUGCUAGAUUAGCACCUAUUAUCCAUACCUCCCACACAGUGGCUGGUGACCCGUUGUUUGAUAAGGGUGGUCCAGAUAGAGCCUCUUCUACCGUUCAGACAAAAAGAAAACAGUUUGAUUAGGGUGGUCCAGUAAUCUUGGCGAUACUUUCUGAAGCAUCUGCAAACCGUCUGGGCAUCUAAUUCAAGGUGAAAAUUAGGUUUUUAAAAAGAGAAAGACAUGGAUAUAUAUCCAUAUAGAGUUUACUCAGCAUGUCAUGGAACUCAAUGACUUAAACCAUAUUCAUGCCUCUUGGAAUAUUACUACCAUGGUUUGAAUACCCUCACCAUAGAACCUCGAUUAUAAACCCAAAACUAGAAGUUUGUCACGAAAAUUUCGAAUUUGAGAACCGCCUCUAAAGAAAACAACUGAAGUUUCUUUUUUGUAGGGCACGCAAUUUGUGUAAUGAGAUAUCGUCUAUUAUAUAGAGUUCAAUGUUCCCCCCUUAUUUAUUUUGUUGGCUACGAAUGAAAAAAACGUCUUUCAUGUAAUGUUCCACAUGGAUAUAUUAUUUAUAUCUGCUUGGAAUUAAAAUAUGAAAUAUUAUGUGAUCAUGCAACUCAUAAUCUUUCUCUCUUCUAAUGUUGGGCCAACUUUACUUAAGAGCCAAUUGCUAUAAUUUCACUUUGGCUAUGGAAUUAAAUCUUAGAAUAUCAUAUGCUCCGAAAUUUGCAUGUAUACAAUGUGAAACUACAGUUCCUUCAUUAUGUCUUCCUUCAUAGCACUAUUUUUUAUCAUGUUCCUUUGUAAUUUUUUAGCCUGGUUGUGUUUUCUUGCAGCUUAUGUUGGUCUUGCAACUAUUGCUGGCUAUUUAUGGUGGUUUAUUUACGCUGAUGGUGGUCCAAAGAUACCCUAUUAUGAAUUGGUGAGAUGCAGGUUUCAUAGCUUUUUCCAAUAUUAUUUGGGGUUCAUAGUUUGGAUAUGGUUCCUGUUGAAUUAUGUUGUGCAGUAGUGAAUGCUAGCGUCACUAUCACAGUCGGAUUGAACCUUUCGGAGAUGGUAUACACAUCCUCUAUAAGACAGGGAAUCCUUUUUUUUGCCAUUUUACUGAGACAUAGUGCAUACUUAACAUCGUUCAUGUAUUGUUCUCGGAAAAUAAAAAUUUCCUCGUUCUGGCAUGGUAAUUCGGUAUCUAGUUUUCGAAAUGUGACCUUUAUUCGAGUUGAAUUUUUUAUAGAUUAAUUUUUUCGCAAUUAUUUUAUUUUAUUGGUACCCAGUCUGGGCUGUUUGCGCUGCAGACUACAUGCUGGUCUACUCCAGUUCAUCCCAUAUGCUGUACCAUAUUUAACCAGACUUCAACGGGACAAUCUGAGAAUCUAUGAACUCCACCAUGAAAGAUAGCAAAUCCUUUUGCUAGAUGCUUUUUUAGAUAGGAGACUUCAACUCAUCUGUGCGGUUCAUAGAACGUUUAUGCUACGAUGCUUUUUAAAAGAUGACAAAACUUAAAUUAUAAUAUUUUAUAAUGUCAAAACUUAGAUAAUAUCUCGUAUGAGAUUAUUUUUCUUUUGAUUUAAAAUUUUAUCAUUUUCUGGUAUUUUAAUAUUUAUCAUAUCCUUUUAGUACUAUGCCAUACGUGUAAUGAUCGAUCGUUCACAUAUGGUCAAUGAAACUUUCAUUUUUGUAACUUUUUCGUCAAGUUUCUUUUUCAUUGAGAUCUCAUAAUCUUCCACAAAUAGCUAGAUUUGUUAUUCUAUUCAGUAGGAAAAAAAUUGGAAUCAUGUCACAAUCUGUUUCAUCCUGUAGAAAAUCAUAGGAGCAGGGAGAAUAACCUCUGUUACAGAGGACAGAGGGGACAACGGCAGGCAACCGCCUCACUCUUCAUUCACCUCUAACAACCCUUAUUUAUGGAGGAACCCUAGACAACCGUCCCAAAAUACCCUCAGUCUUUUACAGUAUUUCCUUACGAGCUAGAACUUCCAACACAUACUCAGCAAGAAAAACAAUAAAAGUACCUGCGUUUGCAUUUUCCUUUGAAGUACAUGUAUGUUUUAUGAUCUUCAGUUAUUUAAUUUGGACAUCACAUUUGCGAGAAUCUAACGCUGACAUUUUUAUUGGUCAACAAUCCUGUCUGUGAUUUAUGUGAGGCUGUAUCAUUUGUAUUGUUUCGCGACGAUAGGAAAGAACAGAUUCCGAUUUUGGCAUGUAGUCCAUUUUUUUUUUUUUCAGAAAUACAUUUUUCUCUAGCCUAACACCAAAGAAAUGUCAGUUGCUUCCGUCACUGCACCUAAUACACAUCACAAGGAACCAAGAAUUUGGAUGUUGUUGUAUCUUAGGUCUUGUAUCUCGUAUUUUAUUUACCUUGUUCAUGAUCUUAACUGCCUCGGUCAUAUUUCUUCUCCUUUUUACAGAUUUUUUAAUUACUCCUCUUCAUGACCUGCAGGUUAAUUUUGAUUCUUGUUCAACAAGGCAAACACAAUACCCUUGCAGCAUAUUUGAUGACCGUCAUCCAUCUACCUUGUCAAUGACGGUUCUCGUUGUUGUCGAAAUGUUCAAUGCUCUAAACAACUUGAGUGAAAACCAGUCUUUACUGUAAGUCUUACUCUUCACUUAUAACCAUAUGCCUCAGUUUUAAUGAGACUCGCCGCUGCACCAGCUUCAGUUGAAGAAUGCAGCGUCUGUCCAGUAUAUACCCCACCUGUCCGCCAGAAAUGUCUUGUUGUCGAAUUUCUGGUUGCACUUAUCGGUGAUUGAUAGAGUUUGCACAUUCUUCUUCUGGUAUCACCCAUUUCAUUAUCUUUUUUAGGAAACAUUCAUAAAAUAAAAGGUUCCUUCCUCUUCUUAGUUACCCUCAUAAUUCAUGGCUUCAACUGAGACGAUCAUGAAAAUCCUUCGAUUUUAUAAUUUGAAAAGCUACUGAUUUAGAGAGUGUGGUUGAAGGGAAAAAGUAUAUUCAGAGGUUUAAGGCUGCAGUAUAUGAGACAUCAAAAAAUUCGAUUUAGAUAUUGAAGGGGAGAUCUCAGAGUGUACAUAAGAUGCAGAGGCUUGUUCUUCUUGGUGGCCUAAAGAAAAAAAGAAAAUGUCUGAAAAAUAGAUACAUUUUCCGGGAAAAGGUAGCUCACUGAAAUAGGCCAGCGUAGAAAACGUAAAGGUGGGCAUGGUGCGUCUCCAGAUCCUUGACUUGAACCUCCUUCACCCCCAUCCUGCAUAUUACCUUUAAUCUGAAGGCGUAGAUUUGAUUGGGCUGGUUAGUUCUUCAACUGUCAGCGACUACGAACUCUUUGCUGUCCCUAGAAGUCAAUUUUUGUUAUGAUUUGAAUUUUAUUUCAACAUCUUAGUUGCAGUAACAAACUAGAGCUCUUAGAAAAAAACUGACAGCAUUGGUCACUGGUUAUUAACUCAAUUUGAGCCUUUGGCAUCCAUGCGAAGGAAAAAGAAAAGGGGGAUUAGCUGACCGAAUUAUCUCGGUUUUAAUUCUGAUUUGUGCUGCGAUUCGCUCAUCAUCAACCAUGCUCAUAUGGAAUUCCCCAAAUCCUAGCUGUCAUUCAAAUUGGCUUCUAAAAUAGAAGAACAGCUGCAAUUGUCAAUUGGAAGUAAAAGCAAGAGAUGGAGAAUGAAAAAUUUAAUGCUAUGAAAAGGAAAAAAUUAUAGAUAGAGAGCCGAUUUCCAGUUUUCUAGCAUGUUCGGAACUUGAACUUGAAGUAAGAUCAUAUUUUUCUCGGCAAAAAGUAGUAGACUGACACGAGGACUGGCAUUUCUUUAAUCCCAUGCAGCUAAGCUGCGUUGUAUCUAGGUAGGUAAACUUGGGAGGUUCCGGCAAGUGCAUUGCAGUGGCUCAACCGUUAAAGAACCGAAAUACUCCUAGAUAGUUCACUAGCAUGCCAAUAAUGGUUGUAUCAGUCGUUUUCGAAACGUGCUAAUGUAAUUUAUAUGGCCUUUUUCAGAGUAAUACCACCGUGGAGUAACCCUUGGCUUGUCGGAUCAAUUAUCCUCACUAUGGUCCUCCAUAUAUUCAUAUUAUAUGUCAAACCUCUGUCCAUUCUCUUCUCGGUAAGUCUUCAUUCCCCUGCUCCCUCUCCCUCAGAAGACCUUCAUUCAUUGAUAUGAGUUUUCAGGAAGGCAUUCAUCUAUCGUUCUGAGCUCUGUCAUUCCUUAUCUUGCAGGUGGCUCCACUCUCGUUGGCUGAUUGGGCUGUUGUUCUGUAUCUUUCUUUCCCUGUGAGUAAUAUUAUUAUCAUUACUACUAAUUGGCCUAGGUUCAGAUUUUAUCCUCAAUUUCUUUAUUAUAAUAAAUGAAAAGCGAAUGCCCUUCUAUCGUCAGAUAGUCUUGUUAGCAGGGCCACAAUCCUCCAUCCUACGUUGUCUUCUUCUUUCAUCAAGUGCCUAUUUUGAGCUUCUUCUAAUCUUCCUUUUGCGCCAUGCCUGAUCGCCAUUAACUGCCAGUGACGUAGAAAGUUGUCCAUAUUAAUAUGUCAAGUGGGAAAUUCGUGCUGGAAUUGCGCUUCAUUUUCCACAAGAAGUACGCCGUGAACUGCUAUUUCGUUUGCCAUGCGACUGAAUGACGUUCCUCGCGCAGGUGGUAAUAAUCGACGAGAUACUGAAGUUCUUCUCAAGAAAUAAUAGAGGUAAUAAAUAGGGGGUUGAUAUCACUCCGAACAUUUCUUCAAAUUGCCAUUUUGAUAAAUAUCUUAUAAAUCAUCUGAUGUUCUGCCAACUUUGGUUGAUUGAUAUCUCAUUGCAUUGGCCGAUCAAAGUGAGAUUGUAGGUGUCACCUUCAUUGAUUGAUAUUUUAUCAAAAAAUUGUCAUUUGGGUAGCAUAUCUCGUCAUAUCAGCUGUCGAUCUUGGUGAAUUAUCUUAUCCCAUUUUUUCUGAUUUUCCAGUGGCUUCUGCGAUCAUUAAGCAGAUAAAUAAAUCAGAAUUAAAAAGGGUCUCAGAAAUUCUUUUUAAUUUUGUUUGCGUCAAACGAAACGGGUUAUAGUUAACUCUCCAUGUCAUGCAUCAUCAGUGGCUUCAUAUUCCAAACAGAGUCAUCAUCAUACUGCAUGAUAUUGCAGCGCUCUCUUUCAGUUUCCUUUCGAAUUAAUUCGCUUAUUAUUAUUAUUAUUAUUAUUAUUAUUUCUUCCCGUAUUUUUCUCUCCAUAGUUUCAGUUUCAGUUUCCCCCGGGAAUUAAUCACUCUUCCGACCUCACCCACCAGCUGACCGUUUCCUUCCUCCUCUGUGCGCAGGUAGAAGGUUCAACUUCAGAUUCGGAAGGCACGAUCUCCUCCCUAAGAGAGAAGCCCGCGACAAAUGA